AGUGCCUGUAGUGGGGAGAAUUCUCCAAAGUCCGUGAUGUGGGGAGAGCUGGUAUUUGCUAGUUUCCAACUACUGUUUCUCCCCAGAGGUUUUUAGAACAGCCACUCUUAGAUUUGUCAUGGAAUUAAGGAAAACUACCUCCAGGGCGUACAAUGCUGCUCUCCUGCUGCAACUUUUCCUCUUAUUUUGGGGAACUUCAUACUCUGAAAAUGAUGGCAGCUGUUCCUCAUCCCCAUGUGAAAAUGGCGGGAGCUGUAAGGAUUUGGAAGUGGGUUACCAGUGUACCUGCCCCAUGGAGCCGGUAGCCUACAUGGGCAUAAACUGUGAACACCUCUAUGAUGCGUGCGUUAAGCAUGAGUGUCCUGCCCAUAGGAUUUGCAACGGGACUCCAGGACUCCUGGAAUAUGAAUGCACCUGUAUGCCUGGCUUCACAGGUAUUGAUUGUAACGUUAAUAUUAAUGAGUGUGAGAGCAACCCUUGUAAAGAUCCUCGUUUUGAAUGUGUAGAUAGUGUAAAUGGAUACACCUGUAAAUGCCAAACAGGACUGAAUGGAGAAGGCUGCCAAACAGAAAGCUCUGUGUGCUCUAGCCACCCCUGCCUAAAUAACGGGACAUGUGUCGAGGGUCCUGGGGACUAUACCUGCAUCUGCCAGCCUGGCUUCACCGGGGCCAACUGCAGAGACAACCUUGAUGAGUGCGCCUCCAACCCCUGCCAGAACGGAGCCAUCUGCCGAGACAGGGUGAAUGAGUAUAGCUGUUUCUGUGUGCCUGGGUUCCAAGGAUACAACUGUGAAAUAGACAUCAACGAGUGUGCGUCCCGGCCCUGUAAAAACAAUGGCACCUGCCUGAAUGAGAUGGAUCACUAUUUGUGCAAGUGCGUCCCCGGCUACACAGGUAUGAACUGUGAUGCUGAAAUAGAUGAGUGUGAUUCAGACCCUUGCCAGAAUGGGGCCUUGUGCAAUGAUCACGUUGGGUUCUACACCUGCACCUGUGCACCAGGUUACCAAGGAAUUCACUGUGAGGUGGACAUCAACGAAUGUGUGAGCCAGCCAUGCCAGAACAACGGGACGUGUCAUGACCUCAUUAACAGCUACCGUUGUGACUGCAGUGACACAGGCUUCGAGGGGGACCACUGUGAGUUGGAUAUCCUGGAGUGUGCCUCUGAACCCUGUUUGAACAGUGCCACAUGCGUGGAGGGAAUCAAAAACUACAGCUGUGCCUGCUGGCCAGGUUACACAGGGCAGCACUGUGAAGAGGAUGUGGAUGAGUGUGCGACAGAUCCGUGUCACAACGGAGGUGUAUGCUUUGAGCGAUCCAACCAAGCCUAUUAUGGGACACGACCUGACUUCCCCAGUAAUUUCAGCUACAGCCAAGCAGCUGGUUUUCUCUGUUGGUGCCAGCCGGGUUUUGCAGGGGAGACCUGCUUUACUAACGUUGAUGAGUGUGAGUCCCAGCCGUGUCAGAAUGGAGGGCUCUGCGUGGACCAUGUUAACGGCUUCCUUUGUCAUUGCCUCCCAGGUUACUCAGGUGUGGAAUGUGCUGUUAACAUCAAUGAGUGUGAGGAGGGUCCCUGCAAGAAUGGAGCUGUCUGUGAGGAUGGCAUUGCUGACUAUACCUGCCACUGUGCUCCUAGCCAGGAUGGCGUUAUUUGGGGAGGGAAGAACUGCUCUGUCAAGCUCACUGGGUGCCAGACGCACGACUGCCAAAAUGAGGCCUUGUGCAUCCCAACCUACCAAGCUGAGAGCCACGGCCACGUGUGCCAGUGCCAGCCUGGUUUCUAUGAUGCCACAUGCUCAACACCAACAACGUUUUCCUUUGCUUCCAGAGGGUAUCUCCUCAUUGAGCUGCCCGUGAACAAUCAGAGCAGGAGGGACGUAGCAGGAGAUCAGCUUGCCAGCGUGUCCCUCCGGUUCAGAACCACCUUGCCCAGCGCUAUCCUUUUUUACCGAGGCCAUGAAGCUGAAUACUUGUUCCUGGAGCUCUUUGGUGGCAUUCUGCAUGCGGGACUGAAGAGGGAGGAUGUUGGGUACACGCUGCUCCUGGAGGGGCUGAGACUUGAUGAUGGCCAGUGGCAUAAAGUUGAAGUUGUUCUGCACAGCACUGUGCAGCUCAGGCUCUGGCAUGACUCUUGUGAUGCAGGUGUCUGUCUGCAGAGCUCUCCUGUCCUACACGGCACUGCUUUGAUCCCACAUGCCUUCCUGAACAUGUAUGUUGGAGGUGCUGAUGAUCCCAUGGCCAACAACACACAGAGCCAGCAAGGCUUCGUCGGCUGCCUGGAGGACUUCCAGGUGGACGCUGAAGCUGUGCUCCCGCUGGAUCUGCCUGUGGGCGAGUCCUCCCCAGUGAAGCGGGGCUGUGACCGGACGGAGUGGUGCCUCUCCCAGCCCUGCUUGCACGAAGGGCUCUGUGUGGACCUUUGGGCAACCUUCAGGUGCGACUGUUCUAGGCCUUACGGAGGCCCAGCUUGCUCGUACGAGCGCCCAGCAGCGACGUUUGGCCUAGAGAAUUCCACCAGCUUUGCCUCUUUCACCCUUUCCGAUAGCCUUGGUGCGAACUUCAACAUCUCCUUUUUCAUUCGUAGUCGGAAACCCAACGGUUUGCUGUUGCAAAUCAGCAACGAAACUGACCCCUGCCUCACCAUGUACUUGCAGAAUGGCAAGCUGAAGAUAGAGAUGGUAUCGACAGAUGCUGUGACCCUUCCAGAAAGUUUAGUUGAUGGGAGAAGACAUUUGGUAGCUCUCUCUUUCCAGGGGGGAAUUGUUGGUGCUCACCUAUCAGACACAUACCUGGAGCUAGGACAGCUUGUAGCAAGACCUCUUUUAGCUGGUUAUGAAGUGUAUAUUGGUGGACAUCCUAACCCAGACAGCGCUGAUAGGUGGGGAGGCUAUUUCAAAGGCUGUUUGCAAGACAUCCAACUGGACAGCCACCAAAUACAGUUUUUUCAGGCUGAGAACUACAGCCUGCCACAGGAACUCAAUAGGACUCAAAACGGUAACCUCGUGAACGGUUGCAUCUCUGAUAACACCUGCAAGUCUGAACCAUGUCAGAAUGGUGGCAGAUGCAUUGUCACUUGGAAUGAUUUCCGUUGCAGCUGUCCAGCAAAUUUCACUGGGAAAUUUUGUGAAGAGAGAGUCUGGUGUGAAAGUGACCCCUGUCCUGAAGCUACCACCUGUAUAGAUGUUCCAGCAGGAUAUGUGUGUCUGGCUAAUGCAACAUUUAAUAGUUACGGUGCCAUUGAAUUCACCACCAACACAUCAGUGACUAGGACUCUGAGCAGCCUCCACGUGGAUUUCAGAACCAGGGAUGAAGAUGCUGUUUUGCUUCGGGCUGUGGAAGACGUGGACUCCCUCCAGAUAGCCAUUAAGAACUCCUCCCUGCUUGUGGACAUCAGGAGUGGGAACAGCAUCGAAGGUGUCAGCUUCCUGAGUCAGAAGCCCGUCACGGACGGUGCCUGGCACACCAUCUCUGUGUCUAUGGAAGAGCCAUCUGCACUUUCUUCCAGGUGGCUGGUUCGUGUGGAUGGGGCUGUUAACAGGACCCUGCAGGGAAGCGCUGGGAACUUGGACUUCCUCAAGAACAACGCCCUGAUUGUGCUCGCCGAGAAUUUCACGGGCUGCCUCGGGCAAGUGAAGAUAGGGGGGAUCUACCUGCCGUUCACUGCCCGUCUCCCGUACCCCCAGCCAGAGCAGUUCCAGCCGCGCAGCGGGAGGCCCGUCCAGCUGGGCUGCUCGGGGGCUGAUGUCUGCGCUUCCAGCCCUUGCCUCAAUGCCGGCACCUGCGAGGACUUGUUCGAUUCCUUCAGCUGCGCCUGCAGCGCUGGCUGGGGGGGGCUGCUCUGCGAGGCCAACAUCGACGACUGCCAGUCAAGCCCGUGCGUUCACGGGGACUGUGUGGAUGCAGUGGCAGAUUUCCAGUGUGAAUGCUUCCGGGGGUUCAUUGGGAAGAAGUGUGACAUCAACGUCGAUGACUGUGUGCGGCACCAGUGCCUAAACGGAGCCACCUGCGUUGAUGGGGUUUAUGGCUACUCCUGCAAGUGCCCUCCUCAGUAUUCGGGACCUCGCUGCGAGUGGCCGUUCCCCCCUCAGCAGUGUGGCAAGAACUUCACCUGUCUGAACGGUGGCAAGUGCGUCACGGAGUCCUGGGGAGCCAACUGCACUUGCAAGCCGGGCUUCACUGGAAGGAAUUGUCAAAUUAAAAUAAACGAGUGUGAUCCGAACCCUUGCCAGAACGGAGGUACGUGUCAGGACUCGGAGAACAAAUACGAGUGUUUGUGCAGCGCCAGCUACACGGGAGAGCGCUGUGACAUUAACAAAGGGACUCCAGGUGCUCUCUUCCCCUCCCCACUAAUUGAAGUAGCUGUCCCUGUAGCCUGUGGCUCUUUACUGCUCCUCAGUAUUGGUCUCAUAUUCAUGAUUCUCACUGCAAGGAAGAGGCGCCAAUCAGAGGGAACCUACAGUCCGAGCCAGCAAGAAGUGGCAG